UCUGCAGGAGCAGUCAUUUCUUGAUGGGAAGAAAAACCUUGUACAGCUUUUCACUCCUCUUUUUAUGUAUAGGGUUUUCACUAACUUUGGGCCAGCUGUUCUUCAGGAAGAAUGUAAGUUCUCAAACAUCAUCAAAGGAAGGGGCCAUGAAGAGUGAUCAACAGAAUAAUGGAGAUAUGAAACCAAUCCAGAAUUUCACAACAAUACCAAUCACACAGGUUCCCAAUUACAAUCUGAGCACAGAACGUUGGAAUGCAUUCAGCCAUCAUAACCCAGUCAAGUUCUCCAGGGAUGGAGUACCAUGCAUUCUCUUCUGGACCAAAAGAAUCACAAUUAAAUUUAAGAAUCAGACCUGGCUGGACCUUACAGAUGAAGCAUUUGGUGAAAAGGCAACAGUGGACGUUGGUGGCUCAAAUUGCAGUGAAGAAAGUGCCAUGUUGUCUGUGAAGUUUGGUGAUGCUAAAAGUACCAAAGAUCUCGCCAUAAGGUUCCUCCUUACGAAUCACAACAAGCUGCCCAGCCAGAGCUGGUUCAGUUUGCAGCAAGUCGAGGUCAUUCUCAACAAUUCCGUCCGAGCGACUUUCCACGCGACCGGGGUAGGCGCUCCGUCGAGUUACUCCUACCGCUGCCGCCGCGUGAGCAGCCUGCGCAGGAGCGCGCGCCCCCUGCUGGCCGGCGCGGAGGGCGCCCCGCGCGCGUGGGAGCUCUCGUUCACCGACUUCCAGAUCCAAGGCUUCGCGGUCCCCGAGGCGCGGUUUGCCCCGGCCCGAGACUGCGCGGCGCCCGCGUCCCGGGCGGUGCUGAUGGGCCUGGCGGGCUGCCUUCUGCUGCUGCUCGCGCUGGCCUCCGCGCUGCACGGGCUCGUCUACCUGCGCUACCUGGAGCGCCGCUACGAGCUCAUCCCCCCGCCGGCCCGCGGCCCCGCCGACAAGGAGCGCUUCGAGCUGAGGAGCCAGCCCGUCUGCAGGAUCUACGUGUAG